AUGUCCAGCAGCAGGAUCCUCGGUGAACGGGACGUCAAUGUCGCCAUGACCGAUGCUCCGCCUCUCGCUAAGGACGUCAAGAGCAUGGAGUACCAUCGCCAGGUGCUGCAGUCCAGGAUUGCUCAGGAGCCUUCCAAGCAGUACAUCUCCCCAUCCGACACCAUCAUGAGUCCCUGCACGGCAAAACUUUCAGCACUGCGCAACAAACAGGUCUCCAAAGCCAAACCAAAGUCACUCUUCGCCCAAGCGAGCACUAAGAAACUCCAAGGCGAGAAUCCCUUUGACGCAAAGCCCACUCAGAGCCAGAGUCCCCUGGGCGCUAGAAAAGCCCCGAGCGAUGGCGUCUUGACCUCGAGGAUUCGCUGA